AUGAGCAAAGGAUUCGUCGCUGUCGCUCUUGGACUCAUGCUGCUCAAGGCGUUCACGUGGCUAGUCGUCCUACGCCCCCACUCGAGCAUCUUCCUCAACAGCCUCUACUGUGCGACCACUGCGUUCAUGUUCUGGAGCUACGCACAGGCGAUGCACGAUCGUCCGAUUCACGAGAGACCUCUACAUAGUCAUACAAUGGACCCAUCCAAGCCACCCACUCGCUACUGCGAGCGCUGUGACGCUGAUAAAGGCGCCAACGUCCAUCAUUGCUCCGUCUGCAAUCGGUGCGUGUACCGGAUGGACCACCACUGCCCCUGGACUGGCAACUGUGUGGCGUGGACCACUAAAAAGUGCUUCCUGCUCUUCCUCCUGUACACGUCUCUGAGCUGCUGGACGUUCAACCUCAUGAGUUCUCGAAAAGCUCCUGAAACCGCUCGCAUCGUCGUCACGUGGCUGCUCCAGUGUGGCUGGAUCUUGACCCUCGGGAUCGGCUCGCUGCUUGCUGGAUACUUUGUCUUUCAUCUGUGGCUGCUACGCGAGGGCAAGACGACCCUGGAGUUCCUCAGUGGGAAGCCAGGCGAGCUGGCGGGCUGCAGCUUCCAGCACAAUGUGACCGUGUACUUUGGUCGCGACAUGUGGAGCUGGUGGAUACCGAUGAAGCCCGUGCUGGAUGCGGCAAUGGGGGGACGAGAACGGGACGAGACUGACGAGCACGGGACACUAACGCAGCUUGUUGUUACGGCAUAG